AAGCUGGCUAGCCGUUUUUAUUCAGAGCUGUUUGCGAGAGGCACCGAGGUUUACUGUGCAUUCUGAAUUAUAUUAUUAUUAUUCCCCACAGUAUAUUGGACUAUAAGACAAACGAACAUAGUUGGUUGGAUUUACUGUUUGUUAAUAUUUUUAUUAUGAUGCAACGGGCCUGUUGGAUGAUAGAAUCGCUUCGUUCCUUGCGAUGGAAAAUGCUGUGGCAGUUAUCAAUAUUUUUGUCUUGUUAUUGUUGCACUGCAAACGGACAUAUUCGAUAUUCGAUUCCAGAGGAGAUGAAGAAGGGCUCACUCAUCGGUAAUGUAGCACAAGAUCUGGGGCUUGAUUUAAAAAGGCUUCGAGCGGGUCGAGCGCGUAUCGUGACCGGAGACAGCACUCAGUACGCAGAGCUUAAAACAGACAAAGGGAUUCUGGUUGUGAGAGAGAGAAUAGACCGAGAGCAGCUUUGUGGUGACACCACACCAUGCAGCUUCAGCUUUGAGAUCAUUCUAGAGAAUCCAAUGGAACUGCACCCGGUAACUAUUGAAAUGUUGGAUGAAAAUGAUCACGCGCCGUCGUUUCAGAACAAAGAGUUAAAAUUUGAAAUAAGUGAAUCCGCAGCCCUGGGCUCGCGCUUUCUGCUGGAGAGCGCAGAUGAUCACGAUGUAGGGCUGAACUCGCUGCAGAACUACAUUUUGUCGCCGAAUAAUAAUUUUGCUUUAAAGCAACACUCAAAUCCAGACGGAAGUAAAUAUGCAGAGAUGGUUUUACAGAAAGCGUUAGACAGAGAAGAGCAUCCUAAUUUAUUACUUAAAUUAAUCGCUGUAGAUGGCGGAAACCCGCAGAGGUCUGGUUCUGUUAAUAUAGAUAUUACCGUGUUAGAUGUGAACGACAACGCACCGCAGUUUAACCAGUCGGUCUAUAGAGCAUCAAUAAUGGAAAAUGCACCGAGGGGCUCGUAUAUUACUACCGUUAAUGCCACCGAUGCAGAUGCAGGUUCGAAUGGACGAAUAACGUUCAAUUUCUAUAAGCAGAAAGGAACCGCUGCGCAACUAUUCAAUAUUGACAGCGACACUGGUGUCGUUUCUGUUGUCGGGACAAUUGAUCAUGAAAAAGAUACUAAAUUUGAAGUUACAGUCGAGGCACGGGAUCAGGGUGGUUUGACUGAUUCGAGUAAAAUUGUGUUAGAAGUCAUUGAUGUAAAUGACAAUGCACCUGUCAUCAAUAUAAUGUCUUUUUCAAGCACGGUGUCCGAAGAUGCCCCACCCGACACCACAAUCGCAAUAAUUAAUGUUAAGGAUUCAGACACUGAUGAUAAUGGCAAAGUCCGCUGUUUUAUCGAAGGAUCCGAAGAUUUUACAAUAAAAUCCACUUUAAGAAAUUAUUACUCAUUGGUCACAAAUGUUAUUUUAGAUCGAGAAAAGGUUCCAGAGUACAACAUCACUGUCUCCGCCUCUGACUCCGGGCGGCCUCCUCUAAUAAGCCGAAAAACAUUACAUCUAAAAGUAACUGAUGUAAAUGAUAAUGCUCCAGUUUUUCAGGACAGUGUUUAUAAUUCAUUCUUGCUAGAGAAUAAUUCACCCGGCGUUUCCAUUCUUCAAAUCAAAGCUGAUGACCCAGACGAAAAUCAAAAUGCUCGAAUAUCUUAUAUUCUAGAAGAAGGUGAUCUGAUCGGUUCUCCUGUGGGAACGUACGUUUCUGUUAACGCGGAAAGUGGUGUUGUACACGCAGUGCGCUCUUUUGAUUACGAACAAAUAAAAAACAUUAAAAUAACUAUAAAAGCGCAGGAUGGCGGCUCUCCUCCACUUUGUAGUAAUGUAACUGUGAACAUUUUCAUCCAAGAUCAGAAUGACAACGCGCCUCAGGUUCUGUAUCCGGUCCAGUCUGGUGGUUCUGUGGUGGCUGAAAUAGUGCCUCGUUCUGCAGAUGUGGGUUAUCUGGUCACUAAAGUGGUCGCUGUUGAUGUGGACUCUGGACAGAAUGCCUGGCUCUCAUAUAAACUGCAGAAAGCCACAGACAGGGCGCUGUUUGAAGUGGGUUUACAGAAUGGAGAAAUAAGAACUGUGCGCCAGGUGACAGAUAAAGAUGCUGUGAAACAAAGACUCGCUGUUGUAGUGGAGGACAACGGACAGCCCUCUCGUUCAGCUACAGUCAAUGUUAACGUGGCGCUGGCGGACAGCUUCCCUGAAGUGCUCUCGGAGUUCACUGACUUUACGCACGACAAGGAAUACAACGACAACCUGACUUUUUAUCUAGUCUUGGCUCUGGCUGUAGUUUCGUUUCUCUUUAUCGUGUCUAUCAUCGCCAUACUGUCAGUCAAGUGCUACAGAUGGAGACGCGAGAGGAUGUUUUACAAAUCUGGAGCGAAUCUUCCAGUCAUUCCAUAUUAUCCACCCCUUUACGCAGACGUAGGGGGCACAGGAACAUUACAGCACGUGUACAAUUAUGAUGUUUGCAGAACCACUGACUCCAGAAAGAGUGAUCUGAAAUACGUCAGACCUUGCAGUGAGAGCAUCAUUAGUCUGGACACCAGCGGAACACAGACACUCACACAUGCGCAGAGAGAGAAAAUGGUUAAUGACGAAUCGUUUGAUCCGGUGAGAUUGAAUGAGUGAUUAUGGUUUUGUCUUUUUACUGUGCUUUUAAUGUUGUUGUUUUUUAGAUUUGUUGUGUUUUUUAAAAGAAAAAAGGAUACAUUUACGGUUGAUCAAUUCACAACGGUUUUGUUUUCCAUGAAUUAAAAUUGUUGCAUAUUUCGUAAAUUAGUAUCCUACAGGAUGACAUUUGGUAACUGAAAUAUUUCGUACACGUUGAACUUAUUUUAGGUAUUUUAAAACAAAUAACUUUAGGUCGCCUAAUUAUUUUUAAUUUACAAGUUUUUAGGAUCGUGGUGUUAGGAUUGGGCUUGAAAUGAUAGCAGACAACUGAAAGAACAAGUGGUAGUAAGAUAGUAAUUGAAGU